AUGGCAUCGAAUGGCUUUUUGUCGAUGAGCAACUCCUCAAGUGGCUUCAGCGUCGAGAGCAUGGCCAGUCAAAGCUUGGCCACCGAUGUGGCGGCAGCCAAUGCCUGGUCCUUUGAUUGGCAUUUGACCAAGAACCCCUGGGAAGGACUCACGUCCAGUUUCUUCAUGAUCUUGGCCACGGAAUUGGGUGAUGAGACCUUCAUCAUCGCAGCAGUGAUGUCGAUGAGACAUCCCAAAUUCGUCGUGCUCUCGGGGGCCUUGGGAGCCUUGUACUUCAUGACGGUGCUCUCGGCCUUCCUGGGAGUGGUUCUUCCCAACUUGAUCUCCCAGGAACGAGUGACGCAAUGUGCCACGAUCCUCUACACCUUCUUCGGACUUCGUCUCAUGUAUGUGGGAGCUCGUGGGGAGGAGGACAAAGACGAAGAGUUCGAAGAGGUGGAGAAUACCUUGAAGGAUUCCGCCUCUAAAGGACAGAAGUCUUAUGUUCGAAGGAUGUUCUCCCAGUUUUGUACCCCUGUCUUCCUGGAAGCCCUGAUGUUGACCUUCCUGGCGGAGUGGGGUGAUCGAUCACAGAUCGCCACCAUCUCCUUAGCCGCGCAUCAGUCCCUUGGGUUUAUACUAAGAUGUUAG